GGUGUUUAAAAAAAAGACAGGCCAGUAUUCAGUCAGUAUUCUUCACCUCAAAAAAAAAAAAGACAGGCCAGUAUCCCACCCUCUCCACAUCUCGUUGGCCCACCCUGAGCUCCGCGGCCGCGCGGAGACGGAGCACCGCCGGACGCCUCCCUGCUCCGGUGCUCCCUGUGUAGGGUUGCGCUUCGCUCGCUUUACUACCAGGCUACCUAUCACCAUCUGCUCAAGUGAAUGCACUGGACACUGGAAACUUCUUCUUGCCAAUGGCCAAUACGUCCAACAAGCGCAUGGGACCAACAGGGUUUUCGGAUAUCACAAGUGACAGGAUCAGCAGCCUCCCUGAUGAGAUUCUCCACCAUAUCCUGUCUCUCAUGACUGCACGAGAAGCAGUGCAGACAUGCGUGCUAUCCACGAGGUGGCGCGACGUUUGGAUGUCUUUGCGGUGCAUUGAAGUUGAGGCACAGGAAUUCACCAACAUGGAGAGAUUUGUGAUGUUCAUGGACAACCUACUACUGCGCCGUGGUUUGGUACCUCCAGAUAGCUUUUCCCUCAUGGGCUGGAGCGAUGAUUUUUCCCUUAACCAUCCCAGAGCUAACCUGUGGGUCUGCCAUGCCCUUAGGAGCAAUGUCCGUGUGCUUCAGAUCUUCAGCCAUAAAUUAUUUAAUCUUGAGUACUCUCCCUUCAUUUCGUCGCAUCUGAAAAUACUCAAUCUCCGUGAUGUUUCCAUCGCUGCCCUCUUCAUUGAGAAGCUCUUUUCUGGCUGUCCGCAGCUGGAAGAACUAUCAUUGGUAGACUGUCGUGUUCCUGCCACCAAGUUCUCCUCUAGGACCCUGAAGAAAUUAACAUUUAUCGCACAUACCCCCUAUGGUGCUGAUGAUGUCCAUACUGAUUUUGAAGACCUUGUCAUAGAUACCCCUAGUCUUGUUUCGCUGCAUCUGGAGGACAUUCCGUUGUUAACUCCUUGCCUUGUGAAUGUCUCAUCUGUUGUCAAGGCUUCAUUUCGCCUGGAUGAAGAAUGUUUCUCGAGUCCUUAUGUAAGCUGCAAUAUUAUCAGUGCCCUGUCAAAUGUUACGAAGCUGAAGUUGUUCUUUGGACUUGACAAUGAAACUGCAAGCAAGGUUCUAAGAAGAGAUCUCUGGAGGUGCCAGGCAUUCAACAACCUGAAAACUUUGUCUGUCAGUGGCUGGUGCAUAGAUGUUGACCUCCGUGCACUGGUCUACUUUCUUCGACGCUCACCUGCCUUAGAGAAACUUACUCUGUGUCUCAGCCAGGCUAGAGCUUCAGACAGGCUUCGCCGAAGGGACAACACAGAGUCCGAGGAAACAAGCACAUCGUUUAAUUGUAAACAUCUGAAGAAGGUCAAGAUCAGAUGCCCUCAGGGUGACAAAAGGGUGGGCAAUAUUCUGAAUGUCAUACUUGCUAGCGCCUCUCUCCCGGAAAUUGUCAUCAAUCCGUACGAGCGCUGGGAUCCUUUGGAGUAAGCCUCUCUUUGUUCGUUGAUGGUAGGGAGAUGUGCACGGCCCAUGCGUUAUUACCGUGGAUUAGAGCUUCUGAUGGUUGGCAAGUGUUGCUUCCGAUUUGAUGUGGAAGGGCUUUUUAAUGUUUGUGUGCUCUUCUUUUUGCGGGGAAUGUUUGUGUGAUCAUGAGGCCAACAAAUUAAUAUUCCUGUAACUGAAUCUGGAUAUGUGUUUCACUUUCCAGAGGCAUAUGCAGAGAAAUUUGAUAUUAGAGUUGUGUUUGACAUUA